CCCACUCACACUCUCAGAGCGCGGCGCUGACAGCCACUGAUCAACCCACUUUCUCGGGGUUAGUGUCUCCAUGCAAGACUGCUGAAGAAGAACCUCAGACUUUCUUUAUAUUCCUGCAAAUCAGCUCACCCGGAUAAAACCGUCCACGGCUGCAAAAAAUCACUAAUAGAAGUGAAAACCAAAAAUCUUUGAAGUUCUUUUUUCCCCCUUUGAAUCUCCACUGUAUCUGCACAACAAUGUCUGGAGAGGACGCACCUGCCCAGCAGCAAAACGCCGUGGACCAGAAGCAGGAGACCAAGCCCGCAGAGGAGCCUAAAGCCGAGCCUCCAAAGACGGAGUCCGCGGAGGCAGGGGCCACCCCGGCGGCGGCCCCCGAAGAGGAGACCUUCACCUACCGCGCUCUGGUUCUCACCGGCUACGGAGGCUAUGAUAAAGUCAAGCUGCAGGUGAAGAAGGGGAAACCUGCACUCAAAGCUGGAGAGGUGCAGGUCCGGGUCAAGGUCUGCGGGCUCAACUUCGCCGACCUGAUGGCCAGACAGGGUCUGUACGACCGGCUGCCAUCCCCGCCGGUCACCCCGGGGAUGGAGUGCUCCGGGGUGGUGGAGGCUGUCGGGGAAGAAGUAACUGACAGAAAAGUUGGUGAUAAGGUGAUGGUGUUGAACCGUUUCGGGCUGUGGCAGGAGGUAGCUGUGGUGCCGGCCAGCCACACCUUCCUCAUCCCAGAGGGGAUGAGUUUUGAGGAGGCAGCUGCCCUCCCAGUCAAUUACAUCACCGCCUACCUGAUGCUGUUUGACUUUGGCAACCUGCGACCCAACCAGAGCGUCCUCAUCCAUUCUGCUGCAGGUGGCGUUGGCAUUGCAGCCACUCAGCUGUGCAAGACUGUGAAAGAUGUGACCGUGUUCGGCACUGCCUCGGCAAGCAAACAUGAGGCCAUCAGUCAGGGUGGAGUCACACAUACCAUUGACUAUCGCACCAAGGACUAUGUGGAGGAAGUGCGCAAGAUCAGCCCAAAAGGGCUGGACAUCGUGCUCGACCCUCUCGGAGGAUCAGACACCCACAAGGCCUACAAUCUGCUGAAGCCUAUGGGAAAGCUCAUCACCUAUGGUACAGCCAACAUGCUGGCAGGCCAAAGGAAGAACCUGAUUGCCGUUGCUAAGAACUGGUACCACCAGUUCUCCAUCCACACACUCAGUCUUAUUCAAGGUAACAAGUCUGUGUGCGGGUUUCACCUGGGCUACCUGGACGGGGAGAUAGAGCUCAUCACUCAGGCUAUGAACACCAUCCUGGAUCUGUACAAGCAGGGCAAAGUCAAACCCCGCAUCGACUCCACCUGGCAUCUUGAGCAGGUUGGCGAUGCCAUGAGGAAGAUGCAGGAGAGGAACAACGUCGGCAAAGUGAUCCUCACCACUGAGCCUAUGCCGGAGGAGGAGAAGAAGGAAGAGGCCAAGAAGGAGGACAAGAAAGAGGACAAGAAGAAGGAUGAUAAGAAGAAGGAUGACAAGAAGAAGGACGAUGGAAAGAAGGAGGAGAAGAAGGAGGAGAAGAAGAAAGAGGAGCCUAAGAAAGAGGAGAAGAAAGAAGAGAAGAAGGAGGAGGAGAAGAAGGAAGAGGUCAAGAAGGAGGAGAAGUGAGAGGGGAAGAUGGAUAGUCAAGCAGAUCAGCAGCAGGGAGUUUGUGUCCUGGGAGCAGGGGAGGUGGCAGGGAUGAGCUUGGUGGUGGAGUUGCAGAGGGUUGGGGGUGGAGCGGUAGCAGAGAUGGGAAGGACUUGGGGUAAAUUUGAAAUGAUGGCACCAGUCUCACUCUUUUACCCCCCCUCUGCCUCACCUACUGGGUGAUUACUCAGGUCCGGCUGCUCCCACCUCCACUUUCCUCUUCUCUUACAUUCACCUUUUAAAAAAAUCAGAUCCUUCAGCCCUGCAUACGUUCUAAUCUCAUUUCCUCCCUCCCCCCACCCUUAUAGUAUUAAUCGAUAUUUGGCUAUUGGGAAUCAAAGUGUCAGGAGAGCCAUGGAGGAUGGUGGGUUUGGUCCAACCUGGGGGCAAAUUACCAUCUCCCUGAAAACCUUAAUCUCCUUUCACACUCCGGCCCCACCCUUGACCCCCGGUGCCCCCUCUGCAUCUCGACUCCCACCGUGCUAAAUUGUUCUGCUCUGACUUCCACCUGCCACCUCCGCUUUCCCUCCCUCACUGUGCUGAGUCCCUCCCCACCACCACAAGCACCUCCCACAGCAUCAUCAGCCGGACCCACAGACAGGCACCAAAGGCAGGCAGAUAAACUGAGAACCACACCCACCCACUCGCAUGUUGCUUUCUGCGUCCAGCUCAGUUAUGUCACUAAAGAUGAGUCAGAGAGGCCUCUGAUUGGCUGAUGCGCCUCCCCUGGAGAUAUUUUCAUUGUAGUUUUCUGAUCAUCAUGUUUAACUACUUAGAAAAAUGUCAUGAGAGCUACUGAGAAAAAAAAUGGUUUCCCAUCAAAAGCCAAUCAAGUUCAUGUAGCUUUGCCUGAAUAUGAAUUUCCUCACAUAAUGAGCCUUUCUGUUCUCUGUUCAAUAGCGCCGGCUGAUAUGAUUUUCCAGCUUCCUUCUCCUUAGUUACAGAUUUUUCUAGCUGGCCAACUGUUGGCAAGAAGUGCAAGAUGUCAAUUAAGAGAGAAAUUGUUCCUGUACACAUACGUGCAUGCGCUAAAAGCGAUGAAAGAGCCACUGUCACACCAAGACAGUGAGGCGCUUGAAGUGAGUGCGUGAAAAAGGUUUUUCAAUUGCUUUUGUUUUCCUUCGCUCCAGACUUGCUUUCCUCCCUGAUCCAGCGAGAGGAAUUUCAUUGCAUUCCGUUCUUCCCUUCGAUCACUCUGACCCAGGAGAGGAGAAUUCAGCCAGCUCUGUUGUCCAUGCUUCGCCUCCCCACCUCCUCCCUCUUCCUCCUCUUUCUGUUUCCCUCUUUAUGGUCGGCAUAGCAACAGGCGUCAGGCUCGUCAGAGAUGGCUCUGUGGUCUUUCUUUUUUUCUCCUCUCUUCCAACUCCCUCUCUGUGUCUCUGUCUUCACGCUCUUCUAACUUUGCGUUUGCAAGCCGUUGGUGCUCUCAGAUGGUAUUUCAACAGGUUGAAGCUGUUUUAUGAAACAGGAAGUCUUCAAGCAUUUAAGCUCGCUCUACUAAACCUCAAUGCAACCAAUCCUUAAAUGUGAUGCUUUAUAAUUGGGGAUAUUAAUGGCUCAUACUAAAGCUCAGUCAGUAACUCUGACGCCAAAAGAACACUGAAUUAAAUACCGGG